AUGUACGAUUUCACAAGAAUGCAAAAAUUAGUUGAUAGAAUGUAAAAACUCUAACCUCCUAAUCCACCUCCUGAUAAUAGGUUUUUACCUGAAGAGUUAAAGAAAGAUAAAAUUGUGGAAGAUCCUCAAAAAAAUGUAAAAUAGGCAAAAAGAUAACUCCUAAUCAAGAACUAUAAGGGUUCUAAUGGGUUAAAGCCUAUCGAAGAUGAAAGGCUCCUUCUUAUUUAAAAAGAGAAUUACCUAAAGAAAAAGUAAAGAGAAUUGGAGAUGGAGCAAGUCAAAUAAGAAUUGGCUGAAUAAAAAAAAUAAGAAAAAUUAAAAUUAGAAUAAGAAACAUAAAGGGCUCUAUUAGUUGUCAAAGAAAAAAAAGAGAUAACAUAAGUCUAAAAAGAAGAAAAAAUUAAAAAGCGAAACGAUAAUGAAUUUUAUAAGAGAAAGUAAAAGGCAAAUAAUUCAAUUUAAAUGUCAUCAAUAGAUGCAUCUUAUGUAUCACAAAACUUAAAUUCCUCAUUAAUUAAGAAAUAAAUUUUAGAUUAUCAUACUCUACCAAAAGAACAAUACAAUCGUAUUUAUCGUCAACCAGUUAGCCCACCAAAAUGA